UCCUUCUGUUUAACGUAAAGUAACGGAAAAAUUCGAAAAUGACAAUCUGAACUUGUAAAUCAUUAUACGAUUUAACCCCAGAUUGAAUUACUUCUGUAAAAUUUAUCCCUUGAAGCAGGCAGCUGAAUCACAUCUCUCAAUCUAAUUGCUUAUGUUAGUACUUUUAAAUCAUCGUGUAAUUUUUCUUGCAUAUAAUCCAUGGAUUUCUCAUCAUUUACUGAUUUCAAUCGAUUUCCCAUUCUCCUUACUCUCCUUCUACCCACUUUAAUCUUUCUUAUUCUUCAAUCUGUGUCAUUCAAACGCAAAAUUCUUCCGCCGGGGCCAUUUCCAUGGCCUAUCAUAGGCAACAUACCGCAUGUUAUAGGAACAAAACCGCAUGUUUUAGUCUCAAAUUUAGCAAAAAAAUAUGGGCCUUUGAUGUCUUUAAGGAUGGGGACUCGGGCUGUCGUUUUUGGGUCUUCGCCGGCUGCGGCGGUGGAGAUUCUUAAAACCCACGACCGUGAAUUGUCGGCGCGCUAUGCUCCAAAAGCAACUCCGAUUGAAGAGUCUGAUUUGAAGAAAUUUUCUCUGUUAUGGGCAACAGAUUGCCACCCCCACUGGAAAUCGAUUAGGGUUUUGUGGAAAUCGGAGUUUUUUUCGAACAAAGCAUUGGAUUUGCAGGCUGAAAUUAGAGCAAAAAAGAUGGAACAAAUGAUGGAAUUUUUGCGUAAUAAGGAAGGUUCAAUUUUGACAAUAAGGGAUACUGUGUUUACAACUGUUUACAAUACUUUGGGAAAUAUUUGUUUUUCGAAGGAUUUGAUUGAUUUUAAUGAUGAGAAAAUGGGAAGUGAUUGGAGAGUGAUUAUGUGGAGGUUCAUGGAGUGUGCUACUACACCAAUUGUAGCAGAUUUUUUCCCUUUCCUUGAAGGGCUGAAAUUGGAUCCUCUUGGGCAGCAGAAGAAAUCCAAGAAAUGUAUGGAUAAAAUGUUUGGAGUGUGGGGAGAUUUAAUAAAGCAGAGAAGAAUGGAGAAUGGCAGUGAUGAUGUGAUUAAUCAUGGGGAUUUCUUGGAUUUUAUGAUGGCAAAUGGAUUUUCAGAUGUCCAAAUGCUCUACAUGCUUUUGGAGAUACUUCCAGCGGGGGCAGGGACUUUAGUUGCAACAAGUGAAUGGGCCAUGGCUGAGCUGCUCAAGAACAAAGAAGCCAUGGCCAAACUCCGUGAAGAACUUGAAGGUGAAAUGAACUCCAACUCCAUCAAAGAAUCCAAUCUUUCUAAACUUCCAUAUUUGAAUGCUUGCAUCAAAGAAACCUUAAGACUCCACCCUCCUAUAGCAUUUCUUCCACAUUCUGCAAAUUCCACGUGUGAGGUUAUGAACUACACAAUUCCAAAGAAUUCUUUAGUGAUGGUGAAUCUUUGGGCUAUGGGGCAUGAUCCCACGAUAUGGGACGAUCCAUUAUCGUUUAUGCCAGAGCGAUUUUUGAACUCGAAUUUGGAGUUUAAAGGGCAACAUUUUGAGUUUUUGCCAUUUGGUGGUGGAAGAAGAAUGUGCCCAGGUUUACCAUAUGCUCACAGGCAAUUGCAGUUAAUUUUGGCUUCUUUGAUAUGUUACUUUAAAUGGUCUCUUCCAAAUGAUAGGCAAAAAAAGGAAUGUGCAUUGCUCUCACGUCUUCCAUACAAUGGGGGAGAGAAUCAACAGAAGGCCCUAAACCUUCCUUCCUUUUUCACCAUUCACCAUCUUUUCUGCCAUUGUUUGGAGACCAUCCAAAAUUUGAGGCAACCAACUGAGGCCCUAGGCGUUUGCCUUGGUCACUUGGCCUCAUGGCCGACUCUGCCGUGA